AUGGCAGGGCCGCCCCGGGGCCGGACCCGCUCGGGGGAAGCCUGGGGGAACUGGGACAGGCCUGGGGGCUGGAUGGGCCCAGGGACAGCUGAGGCCUGGGGGGUGCAGGGCCCAGGCCUGGAGCGGGAGGGGAACAGGCCUGGAGACCUCGCAUCUCCCAUCUCCUCCAGGGCUAACCUGGUGGACCUGCAGAAGAAGCUGGAGGAGCUGGAGCUGGAUGAGCAGCAGAAGAAGCGCCUGGAAGCUUUCCUGACCCAGAAAGCCAAAGUGGGGGAGCUGAAGGACGAUGACUUCGAGAGGAUCUCAGAGCUGGGCGCUGGCAAUGGCGGGGUGGUCACCAAAGUGCAGCACAAACCCUCAGGGCUCAUUAUGGCACGGAAGUUGAUCCAUUUGGAAAUCAAGCCAGCCAUCAGGAACCAGAUCAUCCGGGAGCUGCAGGUGCUGCACGAGUGCAACUCCCCGUACAUCGUGGGCUUCUAUGGAGCCUUCUACAGCGACGGGGAGAUCUCCAUCUGCAUGGAGCACAUGGAUGGGGGCUCUUUGGAUCAAGUGCUGAAAGAAGCCAAAAGAAUUCCUGAGGAAAUCCUGGGCAAAGUCAGCAUAGCAGUUCUGAGGGGCCUGGCCUAUCUGCGGGAGAAGCACCAAAUCAUGCACAGAGAUGUGAAACCCUCCAACAUCCUGGUGAAUUCCCGAGGGGAGAUCAAGCUCUGUGAUUUCGGGGUCAGCGGGCAGCUCAUUGACUCCAUGGCCAACUCCUUUGUGGGAACUCGGUCCUACAUGUCUCCCGAGCGCCUGCAGGGCACGCACUACUCGGUGCAGUCGGACAUCUGGAGCAUGGGGCUGUCGCUGGUGGAGCUGUCGAUCGGAAGGUACCCAAUCCCCCCGCCAGACUCCAAGGAACUGGAAGCAAUUUUUGGCCGUCCUGUGGUGGACGGGGCGGAGGGAGAGUCCCCCAGCAUCUCGCCGCGGGCCAGGCCCCCAGGACGCCCCGUCAGUGGCCACGGGAUGGACACCAGGCCUGCCAUGGCCAUCUUUGAGCUGCUGGAUUACAUCGUUAAUGAGCCUGAUCCCCACAUUCCCACAAGGAAUCUCACAUUGGCUUCACUCUCUUGUUCUUCUCAUUUCAGCUUAAUUAAAAACCCAGCAGAACGAGCAGAUCUGAAGAUGCUGAUGAGCCACACGUUCAUCAAGCGCUCCGAGGUGGAGGAGGUGGAUUUCGCGGGCUGGCUGUGCCGGACGCUGCGGCUCAACCAGCCCAGCACUCCCACCCGAGCUGCCGUGUGAGCCCUGCCGGCCCUGCUGCCUCUGGCACCGCUUCCUCCUCCUUCCCGGGCACAGCUGCCCCUCCCUCCUCCCUCCCAGCGCCAAAGCUCCGGCCCCACAGCGGCUCCACCCCCCAAAGCGGCUCCAUCCCCCCGGGGGGAGCCCCCAGGGUUGGGGUGUGCCGGGUUCCAGGUCUCUGCUCCAGCUCUGGAGCUCCUGACACUUGGGAAUUGUGGUGCUGCUUAUGUUGAUUGAUUUUUUUUUUUUUUCUUUAUUACUUUGGGUUUGUUUUGGUUUGGUUUGGAAAUGUGUUUUCACUCGGGUUAUUACAAGAGAAGGUGAUGGAGGGUGUGAGGUGGUGCUGGGCUGGUGGUGCUUCACCUCCUCCCUGGUUUUCUCUCUGGGAUGGAGAAUCAGUGGGAUUAGGAAUGGGGAAAGCCUGCCUAGGGUGGCCCAGAGCAGUGGCACUGUCCUGCCUGGGGCCAGGGCUGGGCUCUGGGCUGGCCCUGGGGGCAGAGCAGAGAUCGCUGUUUGCCUCGUUUGCUUUUUAAAGGGUUCUUUUAAAGCCUGGCCUUGUCCUUCACUGGAUGUUGAGGGGAUGGGGAUGGGG